GUUGUAUUCUUGUUUGGUCUCUUAAGCAUGUCCGACACCUCAGACUUAGACCGGCAUGGUAUUUGGUCAUUGGAUGCUGCCUCCUCUCUUGCUGCACUCGAGUAUAUCCAACCAGAUGUAUCGCCAGAUUACUCUGACCUUAUGGGACUCGAUGUCUCUGGCCUGCUAGACUCUGCUACAUACCUGCCUCCCAUAUCUCAAGACCCACUAUUAUAUACUUCGACCAAUACCGGAUCGACAGCCAAUACUGCUUCUCAUCCAAGCGACCUUCCAUACAGAGCCAACACCCUCGGUCAAUACCCUGAAACCAACCCAUCCACUCCGCAAGACAGGACAAAGGGUUGUACGUCGUGUGGGCUACAAGGAACCAGCCCGGACGUUCCUGUCAAUGCUUAUACUACUGGCCCUAAUCACGAGAACCAGCUGUUUGAGGCGAGCCAUCUCCGUCCCCAUGUCGGUUGCAAUGAUUCCUUCGCUCAUGCAACCAUUAAACGUGGCAAUGAUAGUGGAAUGAAUGAAAGAACAGCUGUCUUCAUAGAAAGUAAACCACGGAAACCAAAAUUCUUCAUAUGCAAGUGGGAGGGCUGCACACACAAGAGGAACCACUUUAGACGCGAGAUUGAUUUGAUGCGACAUGUCAAAAACAUUCAUGUCUCUCCUCGAUCCUAUCGGUGUGAUGUAUGCAACAUGUUAUUUAAUAGAAGGGACAACCUAGAGGCACAUACUCGCCGUGUUCAUGUCCAGCCUUGAUUGUGAGCGACCUCUAAGAGGCUGGUUGACUAGGUCCAAGUUCGAUUUGAGCCUCCUCCGUCUUGACUUCCGUUCUUUCUUUGUUCGUUCCUUCCUUCUGGCUUGCUUUUUCUCUUGCUGCUUCUCUUCAAAAAAACAUUUCGGGAUUUUUUCCCUCUUUCUUUCUUUCUUCCCUUAACCAACUCAUCCCAUAUAAAGCAUCCAUGUUUCAUCUUGUUGUUAUAUCUUAUGUUCAUCUCUGCUUUUCAAGCCAACU